GCCAUGGCGGGCCGCAGAGCUGCCAUCAAGGCCAUCGACUGGGCCGCCUUCGCCGAGAGGGUGCCCGCCAACCAGAAGGCCAUGUUCAACGCCCUGAAGACCCGCAGCGACGCCCUGACGGCCCGGUUGGCUGCCCUGCCAGAGAAGCCCCCAGCCAUUGACUGGGCUCACUACAAGGCUGUUGUUGCCAAAGCUGGCAUGGUGGAUGAGUUCCAGAAGAAGUUCAGUGCCCUAAAGGUUCCUGAGCCUGUGGAUACACAAACUGCCAACGUUGAUGCCCAGGAGAAGGAAGCUGCAAAGAGCACAGCUGAGUAUAUUCAGGCUUCCAAAGCCCGCAUUGCCCAGUACGAGCAGCAGCUGCAGAAGCUCAGAAGCAUGAUUCCCUUUGAGCAGAUGACAAUUGAAGACUUGAACGAUGCCUUCCCUGAAACCAAGCUGGACAAGGAGAAAUAUCCCUACUGGCCCCACAAACCCAUUGCUGAUCUGUAAACAGUUGGUCUCACAGCUGUCAGACUCAAUGAUUGUUUAAAUAAAGUGCUUUCCCUCCUGCCUGGGGCUCAGA